AUGAAGGUCCGGUUUUUUAUUAAAAUUGGAUACACUUAUGGGUUGAACUUGGUGCUUGAGAGAAAGAUUACUAGAUUUUUCAGCUCUGUCAAUUUGGCAUUGACUCCCUUAAGUUCUUCUGAGGAUGAUACUUUGCUUCCUGAUGAUUUACAUCACCUUCCAGCUAAUUUAGAGUGUGAUUCUGCGGAACAGACAGGUAAAUCUUAUGCUGCUAGAAACUGUGCCACAGAGGCUCUUACUUCUUGCAGUAUCACAAAACCUUAUGCUACUAGGAACUAUGUUGCACAUGAGUUUACAUUUCAUGGUUCCAUGGCACCCACAUAUGAGGAACUGGGUGAUGCUGAGAUGGAAGUAAUAAAGUCAGUGCUGGAAGUGCAGGAAUUGGGUUUUGCAUAUGGGGUUAAUGUAGAAGAAGAAGAUAUAAUAAGGGUGUUGAAUGUUCUUUACUAUGAAGGUGGAAGUGCUGCACUUUCCUUGCGUUUCUUCAUGUGGUCAGAAUUUAGUCUAGGAUUGAAGCAUACAGUAAGAGCUGUUUGUACAUUGAUUCAUAUUUUGGUUCUUGGAAACAUGUGUCAUAGAGCAGUUGAUCUAAUCACUUCUCUCAUUCGUGGUUAUCCACAACAGGUACAACCUCGUCAGUUAAUAGAAGUCCUCCAACAAUUGUGUGUAGGAAGUGUACUGCAAGUGAUUUAUAGCAUGCUUGUUAGAUGUUAUAUUAUGGAAGACAUGAUUGGAGAAGCUUUCGAAGCAAUAUGUUUGAUGAAGGAAGUUGGUCUCUUUCCAUCGGUUGGGGUUUGUAAUUCACUCAUCAAUUUCCUUUUGGGGCAUAAUCUAGAAGAUUUAGCCUGGGGCUUUUUGGAAGAAAUGCAGGGCCGACGCUUGGUCAGCACAACCACUAUGAGCUUGUUCAUCCAUUACUAUUGCCACAAAGACAAUCUUAAAUGUGGAUGGAAAUUAUUGAUGGACAUGAGACACUAUGGCAUUCAACCUGAUGUCAUCGCUUAUACCACUUUCAUUCAUUUUCUUUGUAAGUUGUCCUAUAUAAAGGAAGCUACUUGUUUUCUCUACAAAAUGAUUGAGAUGGGAAUAUCUCCAGAUUCAGUAUUGCUGGCUUCAAUAAUUGAUGGUUAUUGUAAAGUGGCACGACCAGGAGAUGCCAUAUGUGUGAUCAAAAAUUUUGAUGUUCAGCCCAAUACUUUUGUGUAUAACAGCUUCAUUUCAAAGUUGUCCAAAGAUGGUGAUAUGGAACAAGCUUUCACCCUUUUCCAAGAGAUGACAAACUUGGGGAUUUUUCCUGAUUGUUUUAGCUACACCACCAUGAUUGAUGGAUACUGUAAAGCAAGUAUCAGAAGAAAAGCUCUAGAAUACCUGGGCAGGAUGUUGAAGGAUGGCAUUGAACCAUCUGUUACUACUUACUCUAUACUAAUUGCAAGUUACUGCAGGAGUGGGGACAUGGAAACUGCUUGGCAUCUAGUCCAAAAAAUGAUCAGAAAAGGCUUGGUAUUGGAUACUGCUGUGUAUAACACCUUAAUUGAUGGAUAUAGUAAUAAAGGUGAAGUACACAAGGGUUUAGAGCUAUUGGACCAUAUGAAAUCUUCUGGAGUUAUUCCUGAUUCUGUUACAUAUAACACAAUCAUACAUGGUUUAGUCGUGAGUGGAUUUUUGCUCAAAGCCAAUGAUCUUCUAGAAGAGCUUACCAGAAAGGGCUUUUACCCUGAUGUUGUAACAUUCACCAAUAUUAUAGCUGGUUAUGCAAACAGGAGGCAGUUUAAAGAGGCUUUUUCUGUAUGGUCCUUCAUGAGUGAGAAAAAUAUCAGACCUGAUGUGAUUACAUGCAAUGCUCUAAUUACGGGGUAUUGUAGGGCACGUCGCAUGGAUGAAGCUAGUACUUUGUUCUACAAAAUGCUUGGUGCAGGCUUGGUUCCUGAUAUUAUACUGUACAACACCCUCAUUCAUGGAUUUUGUAGAGCUGGUAAUAUUGAAGAGGCGUGCCAUCUGAUAAAUUUGAUGGUUAAAAAUAAUAUUAGUCCAAAUGAUGUGACUUAUAGGGCACUUGUCCUUGGGUAUGAGAAGCAAGGCAUGAGAGAUCCCAUGGAAAUUGCAGCUCACAAGCUGGAACUUCUACUGCAGCAACAUGGUAUAAAUGCUGAUAUUUGA